AUGGUGACCAGCACUGUAGCUGAGAUUUUGAUUUCGGAAGUGCUGGGAUAUCAUGCUGUUGUUGAUCCUGAAACCAAGUUUACCGUUGAAGAUGGAAUCGUGGCGUUGGCAGGUUGCCCGAGCAUUGAUUGCGAUGUGAAAGGCACCCGGAGUGAUAUUCUAUUGGACACUUGGUUGACGGGUGCUUUGCCGUUUUUCGAGGAGUUUCAACAGGCGCAGGGUCAAGCUGCUGAAGACUUGGGAUCUAUGGGCUACGUGGGUGGUGAUGGCCUUCACAUGAAGGGCCCCGUGUUAGAGGCUGCAGCAAGUGAUGGUGUGGCCCUGGAGUAUUACAAGAGUUACAACCUGACAUUCCAUGAGCCACAGAAGUAUUUUGACACAUUGUGGGAUUUGCCUCAGGAUCAACUCUUGAAGUGCAAUGACUCCUUCAACGAUGCCCCUUUGGAUUCCAUCGUUUCUGACCGAAUGAAGAACUAUCUGGACUGGACAGGGGAUGUUGAUGGGGUGGUGGAACAGAAUGGCCAAUAUGCAGCGAACUGCCCCACAGCCACAUCUUCGGCAUUUUGGAUUGCACCUGCUUGCCGGCACAACUACACCAAAUGUAUCCCGGCUUUGAUGCUGGGCCCGGGCCAGUUGCCAUCUGAUAUGCAGUGGGCAGUGGCAUAUGGUCUUCCAUUGGCACUGACACAUGCGCGGGAUUUCGGGGACAUGAUCCAGUUGGUGCGAAAUAAGCGGCUGCUCUACUACUGGUGGUAUCCAGACGAGACGUUUUUGGACCUGAAGCAUUCCAGAAUCAUUCUCCCUCCACACAGCGAAGCUGCAUGGUUGAAGGGCGAUUUUCGAACUGCAUCCAGUGAUGUGAAAAUUGCGAAACUUGUGAGUUCGCACCUUCGCAUCUCAGCGCCCAGAGUGCGGAUGUUUGUGGAGAGGCUGAGCUUGGAGGCAGGACAGCUGCUGCAGUUGCUCGAAGGCAGCACUUUCGAGGCUUCUAUCGAGGACAGGUGGAUUGUGCUGCGCCAAAGUGCUUGCCAAUGGAUCAAGAACAACGAUGACGUUUGGAAGAAGUGGAUGCCGGUUGCCACCGACUGCACGCUAGGAUAUGGCCUGGCCGAUGCUCAAGGUUUGCCUGUGAUGUCUUUGGCUGGAUCCGUGGACUGUCAGAUUUGUCCAGCGGGUCGAUUCUCGGAGCCCUUCUUGCGUGACGGUGGGCAAACGUACCGCUGCCAGCCCUGCGACCCUGGUCACCAUCAAAGCCGCUUUGGUCAGAGCUAUUGCCUACCAUGCGACCCAGGCAGCUAUGCAGCGGAAGCAGGGGCAGCAGUUUGUUCGCCCUGCCAGCGAGGAAGCUUCGUGAACUCCACCACAGCAACCAGAUGCUUUUCCUGCGGGCAGGAAGAAGUCUGGACAACAAGUAAGGCUGUACAAGUUGGGGAGCAGGAGAGGUGGAUUGAAGUGCAAGGAGCAUCCUCGGAGAGUUCUUGUCGCUGCGUUCAAGGACGUUACUUAUCAUUUGGUCAAUGUGAAAUCUGUCCUUUGGGUAGUUCAUGUCCCGGCUCCGGAGAGUUAACGCUUCUUCCUGGUUUCUACUCGACAGAACGUGAGCCCGGUGCAGUUCUGGAGUGCUUCGGCAAUCCGGUGCGGUGUCCAGGUGGCUUGCCGGGAACUUGUGCAACUGGAAGGGACUCAACGAGUCCUGCUUGCAGUUCUUGUCUUCCGGGCUUACAGCCGAACAAUGCUGGGGAAUGUGUUCAGUGCACAGGUGGAGAUUACGCCGCACUUCUCACAUUGGCCUUGGUUGUCUUGCUUGGGACUGCGAUUUUGCACAUCUCGCUGGCAGUUUUGGACAGGACAAGUGGCUCCUGUCACAGUGCUUUGUUGAGUGCCGCAUUGUGUCUGAAUCAGCUGAUCACAAGUGCUCAGCUUUUCGCUGUGUUGGAGCAAAUGCAAAGUAUCAGGUGGGAGGACCCAUUUUCGAGUUUUCUCCAGUUCUUCCGAAUCCUUUCUCUUGAAGCAUUCCUUGACUCGGUGAAGACAAUCGGUUGCAUCACUCGCAUCAGCUCCGAAGUCGCCUUCUUGAUUCGGACCGUAGCGGCGCCGCUGUUCUUCGCCAUUGGGCCUUUGAUUGUGCACCUGAUGAUCAUCAGAACCAGCUUCGCGCUGCACGCGAGUAGCCUCAUGAAGACUUACGGCUUCCUCUUCGUGCUCUUCUACAUAACCUUGUCCGCCGCAUUUGUCGAGCCAUUCCGCUGCAACGUGCAUCCAAACGGCUCGCUGACCAUGCAAACAGCUCACGACGUGUUCUGCACCUUUUCAGGUACCCACAUGACUUUGGCUGUGAUGAGCGGCUUGAUUUGUCUUCUGCCGAUCAGCUUCCUGGUCAUGUGCUCCUGGGUGCUGGUGACUUUGCCGAGACGUGUUGCGGCAGGAAACGCAGCUUUUGUGAGGGCAUGUUCGUUCUUGAUUUUGCGAUUCAGACCAGGCUAUGAGGCAUUCACGGUUGCUUUCCUGCUGAGAAAUGUGGUGAUCGUGCUGACACCCAUCAUGAACUCAUCUAGUGGCAUGUUCGUGAUGAGCAACCUCCUUGCAUUGACGGUCGCAUCAGUUGCGUACUUCAGACCGUGGCGAUCGGAAAUUGCUACUCGAGUUGACAUCGUGGUGAGCUCCGUGUUGCUGAGUGUUUUGUUUUUGGGAGCACUUACUGUGAAUGAUUCACAGAAGCAGCCGCUCAUGGUUCUAUGCACUGUAUGUGGCUCCUUCAUAAUAAUUGCCCUCAUCGUGGUGGCUUUGUACUCGGUGGUUCAACAUAUUGCUUCCAAGUUCCGCAAGAAGUUCGCUUUCUUCCUGUCGCACCACAGAUCUGCUUCUGCUGGGUAUGUGCGGUUGUUAUAUAAGUAUGGAGCUCAAACAGCGCGGGUCGCAGUUCACUACCUUCAUUGA